UAUAUACGAAUGAGGGAAAAUUUGAUAAAAAAUUUUCGUCUCUUCUUACGUAAUUUUUCAAUAAAAUCAAAAAUGGCACAAAGUAAAUUUGAAUAUGUUAAGGGUUUUGAGCGCGAUGAACAUUGUUUACCAAAUUGUUAUAUUGUUGUACGAAUUGAUGGCAGGGGAUUUUCAAAAUUUGCCGACGAUCAUAAAUUUGUGAAACCAAAUGAUUUAUCGGCACUUGAAUUAAUGAAUCAAGCAGCAAUUAGUGUUAUGGAAAAAUUUAAAGAAAUUGUUAUUGCCUAUGGACAAAGUGACGAAUAUUCUUUUGUAUUCCGACGAAAUGCCGAACAAUUUAAAAGACGAGUUUUUAAACUCACGUCAAACGUUAAUUCAUUGUUUGCCUCGUCUUACGUUUUUCAUUGGUCUCAAUUUUUUAAUGACACAAAACUUUUGUAUCCACCUGGAUUUGACGCGAGAUUAGUAUUAUAUCCAAUGGAUAAUAAUUUACGAGAUUAUUUAUCCUGGCGACAGGCGGAUGUUCAUAUUAAUAAUCUUUACAAUACAUGUUUUUGGAAUUUGGUCCAAAAGAAAAAUAUGACCACACAUGAGGCUAAUGAAAAAUUAAAAGGAACUGUGUCCUCGGAUAAAAAUGAAAUGUUAUUUCAUGAUUUUGGAAUAAAUUACAAUAAUGAAUUGCCAAUAUUUCGUAAAGGUACAAUUCUUUUGCGAAAAAAUAUUAUUGAAAAUGGAAGAACAAAGAAAAUAAUUGAAAAAAUAGCCGAUGAUUUGAUUGGUGAUCAAUUUUGGAUAGAGAAUAAAGAAAUAUUUGGCGAAAAUUAUGCAUUUGAAUUACAGAAAUUGUCACAAAAAUCAAGACGAGGAGAACAAAAAACAAAAACGAAAAAAAUUGAGGAGACAAAAAUUGACGAAAUAAAAGAAUAAAAGUUGUGAUUAAAGAAAAAUGUUGAAAAUUAAUUGUAAAAUAAUGAUAAAAAAAAAAUAAUAAUAAUGAAAUUUACAUAAUAAAAGAGAUAAGAAAAUCAAAAA